GAUGGUGGUGGUGGUGGUGGUGUUGUGCGCGCGCUGUCAACUGCUAAUCUAAAGCAUAACUACAGUAGACAGUACUCAUUCCCGAUAUUGAGAGAAGGUGCACAUUUAUGCAAAGAGACUCCAUCAAUGUCAUCCUCGUGCAAUCACGCAAUUGGUUACUGCAGUCAAAACAAAUAUAUAUAUCUAUUCAUGCAGCAUUUACCCCUUCUCAUGAGGGUCGUCUCCUCUCUUUUAUAUCUUUCUCUUCCUCUUCAACUACCUUAAUUCUCUUUUUGUGUUAACUGUUAAGUACGAACUGCAUAGCCACAAAUAAUAAUUCAGAGAUGAUUUUCAUGUCAGACAAUUUCCCGGGUCCCCAUCUAAAUUUGGUACUCUAAAUUUCCUGCUAUAUAUAGUUGUACAGGUUUGUAACAGUUUCUUUCAAACUAUGGAUAGUUUUCUUUGUGAUGAGGAGUGGCUCCCCAGUCCUAGUAGUACUGCUUCUGGUCACUGUACUCAAUUUCAGAGUAAUGUUAAUGUAGAUAGCUAUGAUGAUUCUUUCUAUACUACCAAAGAAGAUUGUGAGCAGGCGCUUUCUUUAUGCUUAGAGAAGGAGUUAAGUUACAUGCCCCAACAAGGAUACUUUGAGCAUCUACAGUCUAAAAAUUUGUUCUUCGCUAGGUUUAAAGCGGUUCAAUGGCUUAUCAAGUCUCGCAGUCGGCUGAAUCUCUCCUUUGAGACCCUUUUCAACGCAGCUAAUUAUCUCGAUCGGUUUAUAUCUAUGAAUCAAUGCCUUGAAUGGAAGAAUUGGAUGGUGGAAUUAUUGUCUGUGGCUUGUCUAUCUGUGGCUUCAAAGUUUAGUGAGAGUACAUAUGCUCCUUCUUUGCUUGAAAUCCAGAUGGAGGACAUGGAUCACACAUUUCAAUCAAUCACAAUCCAGCGGAUGGAGUUGAUGCUAUUACAGGCAUUAGGAUGGCGUCUUGGCUCUACUACUGUUUAUUCCUACGUAGAACUGAUGAUGAUGAUGAUGGUUAUCAACAAUGACUUCUUGAAAUCUCAUCUUCGGAAGGAUUUAAUAGUUGCCCGGGUCACAGAACUGAUUCUUGGAACUAUACUAGAUUGCAAAUUUGCGGAAUUUAGACCAAGUAUAGCUGCUGUUUCUGCUAUCUGGUGUGGACUAGAAGAGUUAAUCCCAUCAAAGACCAGCACCCAGCUUACUUAUAUUACAGGGUUCCUUAAUAAAGAUCAGAAGGAUGAUAUAGUGAAAUGCCAUAACAUCUUGGAGCAGAAGCUGAUAGAUCAGCUCUACGACUUAGCAGCUUGUGAGAACUCCAGUUACUGCCCUUCAAGCCCUGUGACAGUUCUGUUGACCGAGAGGAUUGAUGUCUAUGAUUGCCAUGUUGAUCUCUCUCUUUUUAAGAUGCCAUCAUCAAACACCAAUAUUCUUGAAUCAACCAACAAGAGGAGAAAGCAGGAGGCAAAUGAAGUGAGAAAUUAAGGUGUUCAGAAGAAAUCAACAAGUUAUUUAUCAUGUAUUUGUUAAACAAAUUAGGGUGAUAAGGGCUGUGGAUCACUAGCCUAUGUGCUGCAGCAGAAUCAGUGAAGUACCCACAAAGUGGGCAUAUUCAGUUGCAGCAAAUUAUGUUUUCUUGUAACUCUAUUUUAUGCAAUGCUUCAAUAAAAGUAG